AAGCCCCGUGGGCCACAGAGGCGCUAGGAAAAUCACGGAGUUGGGACCUUACCACCUCUGUGUCUUCUCUCUCCGUGCUCUGGCCGUCAGCGGACUUCUUCUCCUUCUCCCGUCUUUGCCUCAAAUGUGCGUGUUUGCGCGCAGAAACAAGAGGAAGGGAGCGCGGAGCGUGUGCGUAAUGGUGCGUGUCCCGAUCGAGUGAAGGCAGCGGCAGGAUUAUUCGGCGCAAACAUUUUCAACGCUGAAAACAGGAGGACGCUUAAUUUUUUUUUAUCUUAUUUUUUUUUUGGGGUGGGGGGGUUGUUCACGGGAAUCUUGUAAACAGCCGAGAUAAGAAUGCGCCGCAGUCGCGUCCAGAGCUGGUUUGAUUCAAGAAGCAGCGAGGAACUCUGACGAGACUCCAUGGACACUUGAGAGAUUCUCCUCUUCUCCGGCGGAGUUCCCAGAGAUUUCUAGGCGUUUAAAUAGAGAACAAGUCGUCAACAUUCGCUGUCUGCACUUGCAUGAACUUCCUGAUGAGAGAUCCAGUCAUACAGGGAUCAAGUAUGGCAUAUCAUCCGUUUAUACCUCACCGGGGGCCGGAAUUUGCCAUGAGUGCAAUGCUGGGUCACCAGCCGCCCUUCUUCCCGGCUCUAGCGCUCCCUCCCAGCGGGUCCCUGUCCCUGCCGGGCGCCCUGGGGAAGCCGAUCAUGGAUCAGCUGAUGGGAGCAGCUGAGACCGGCCUGCACUUCUCGUCGCUGGGCCACCAGGCUGCAGCAGCCCACCUCCGGCCGCUCAAGACCCUGGAGCCCGAAGAAGAGGUGGAAGACGACCCCAAAGUUCACCUGGAAGCCAAGGAGCUGUGGGAACUGUUCCACAAGAGAGGCACCGAGAUGGUGAUCACCAAAUCCGGAAGGCGGAUGUUCCCCCCGUUCAAAGUGAGGUGCACUGGUCUGGACAAGAAGGCCAAAUACAUCCUGCUCAUGGACAUUGUAGCGGCCGACGACUGCAGGUACAAGUUCCACAACAGCCGCUGGAUGGUGGCGGGCAAGGCCGACCCCGAAAUGCCAAAGAGGAUGUACAUUCACCCGGACAGCCCGGCCACGGGGGAGCAGUGGAUGUCCAAAGUGGUCAACUUCCACAAGCUCAAGCUGACCAACAACAUCUCCGACAAGCACGGAUUUGUAAGUUCAACUAAUACCAUUCUCAACUCGAUGCACAAAUAUCAGCCGCGGUUCCACAUCGUCAGGGCCAACGACAUCCUCAAGCUGCCCUACAGCACGUUCAGGACUUAUGUUUUCCCCGAGACGGACUUCAUCGCCGUGACCGCGUAUCAGAACGACAAGAUAACGCAGCUCAAAAUCGACCACAACCCCUUCGCCAAAGGAUUCCGUGACACGGGCAACGGCAGACGUGAGAAGAGGAAACAGCUGGCCCUGCAGUCGAUCCGCUCGUACGAGGAGCAGCAGAAGAAGGAGAACGGGGCUUCGGACGACUCGUCGGGAGAGCAGGCUUCUUUUAAGUGCUUCGGCCAGGCAUCGUCCCCCGCCGUGUCCACCGUGGGCGCCCCACACCUGAAAGAUUUCUGCGACAGUGACGAGGACAGCGACGACGAGAGCAAAGAUGGGCACCAGAAAGACGGUCCGGACUCCAGCAAGAUCUCCACCACCACCGAGGACGCGAAGGAGCACGAGACGAGCCCCGCCAAAGGUCUCCCCUUCGGCCACAGCGAUCCCAGCAGCCGGACCCGGGACACCGAGAAGAGCCAAGCGGACUCCCGACACAGCCCCAUCACGCUCAUCUCCAGCACCACUCGCUCGGCGGAUGACCUCAAGAGUCCGAGUCUAGAUCCGCCCAAGUCGGACGAGUGUCGGCCCAUGAGCAAGGACGGUUUCGCGCCUUUGACUGUGCAGACGGACAGCCCCCACAUGGGCCACGGCCACUUGCAUAAUUUCGGAUUUCCGCCGGGUCUAACGGGACAGCAGUUUUUCAAUCAUCUCGGGGGCGCGCAUCCGUUCCUCCUGCACCCGAGCCAGUUCAACAUGGGAGGCGCGUUCUCGAACAUGGCAGCGGCGGGAAUGGGACCCCUACUGGCGGCCGUCUCCUCGGGAGGGGUCAGCACCAUGGACACCACCAGCAUGGCAUCGCCGCAGAGCCUGACGGGAGCCCCGGCGCUGCCGUUCCACCUGCAGCAGCACGUCUUGGCGUCGCAGGGUCUCGCCAUGUCCCCCUUCGGAAGUCUCUUUCCGUAUCCAUACACGUACAUGGCAGCGGCGGCCGCCGCCUCUUCCGCCGCCGCGUCCUCCUCGGUGCACCGGCACCCCUUCUUGAAUGCGGUGCGCCCGCGACUCAGGUACAGCCCUUACUCGCUGCCCAUGACGGUGCCCGACAGCACGCUGCUGACCACUGCCUCGGCGGCUGGCCUUCCCUCCAUGGUGGCGGGAAGCGGCGACCUCAAAGGCGACGUCAUGCAGCAGGUCCCUGCGAGCCCAGUGUCCGGCGUCACCCUGGACUCCACGUCGGAGGUGACCAGUCACUCGUCGGCCAUCUCGUCCGUGUCCGUCUCCCCAAAAACUUGCACAGAGAAAGAUGCGGCCAACGAGCUGCAGAGCAUCCAACGUCUGGUCAGCGGACUUGACUCGCACCAGGACAGAGCACGGAGCGGGUCCCCUUAAGACUGGACUUCUCACCCACUUACGCACCCCCCGACCCCCACACACCUGCCUGUUCCAUCGACAAGGAUGAAGACUUGAGGGGCUGAUGCACUUUGGUGAACUCACAUAUUUGUUUCUUAAAUUAAACUUUGACCCUGAUACCGAACAAGUAUUGAAACUGAAACGUUGGACGACGUCACUUACACCUUUAGGAGAAGUUGCUGCUGUGUCCCGUCUCCUAAAACGACUUUAUUGUACACGUGGAGCGUUUUCUUUAUCAUCUCUUGUUUGUUUUAAUAUGCACUCUGAUUUCAUGUUGACACUACCACAGAAAGCUACCUUUGAGAGACUGCUGUAUUUUACUGAGCUCCUUAACUAGCAUUUUACACUCCCAACAAUGUCACACUUAGCUCGACUUUUCUUUUUUUUUUUAAACUAUUUCUGUGUAUGCAGAGAACACUCAUUUGGCACAGCUUUUCCAGUCAUUUGUGAACUUCCGCUUACAAAUGUCUGUUCUUUUAUUUUUAUAUUCUCCCACCUUACAGCAAAGAUGUUAUAAAUUGGCUCUUGAAUUGAAUUAUUUAAAGCAUUAAGUCAGUGGAAACAAAAAGGUACAAACUAAAAAAUGCUCCCACAAAACAAUGCGUUAAAAUUAACAAAUCAUAAUCAGUAUUAGAAAUACUAUGGCAUAUUUUAAUUUGUGAUAAUGUCUUGGUCACAAGCUUUUUUCUUUUUGAUUUUACAAUUGAAUGAAACGUUUUCAUGUCUAUGUUAUCCUCAUUUUAUUUUGUAUAAGAAUUAUGGCACAUUUCAAUUCUGUAUACUGACAAGCAGCGAAAAAUCUGGUUAUUAGUGAUGUAAAGAAAUCAUUAUAAAAUAAGUUUCUACAUUUGCAAAAAAAAAAAAAAGGCUGAUAAAUAUCCAGAAAAUUACAUUUUCCGUAAUAUUAUUUAAAAUCUUUUUUUAAUAUAUAUACAUAUAUUGCUUGGAAUAGUUUUCCAUAAAUUCGCUCUUAACAUUAAAUACAAACAUAAAGUCACAAAUUAAAGGACAAUCUCUUUAACAUUUGCAGUUAAAAUGAAUUAUAAUAAUAAUAAGAAAUAAUUAGAAUUAAGCAGGAUUUUUGAAGGAAAAAUACUUACUUAUAACUACCAUAUGUAAAGCUACAAUCAUGAAAUCACCACCCCAUUUGGUUAAUUAAUUUGAAAGAAUUAAAACGAAAUUUGAAUUGUUUCUAAAGCAUUUAUACUUAGCAUCUUUUUAAUCUGGUCUCUUUACUUUCACCUGACUCUCAAAUAGUCCCACAAUUGAGUCCAGAUUGAUCAAAAGCAGUGAAAGGGAAGCAGAAUUUCAAAAGUAUAAAAGUAAAUAAAAGGUAGUGUUGCGUGUACAUAGGGAUAUAUAAAAUAUUUAUGUAAUUAUUUCAUAUUGUUGCGUGUAAAUACAACGGAGUAGUUUUGUUCUAGGGAAUUGUUCUUUAAUUUAUUGUCAAUAUUCCUGUGUAAAGAUAGUUUGUGGGCUCUUUUCAUUUGAAAACAGUAUGGACCUCCCCCCUGCCCCCUGAGUAUCCACACAACUUGUGCCAUUGUAUUUUCACUUGUGUGUGUGUGUGCGUGUGUGUGUGAAGUGCUACUGUUUAAAAACGCACUGCACCGGCCGCUUGUUUCGUGUGACACCGAGCCCUGUCUUUGAUUUCGAAAUGCAAGAAAAAAAAAGAAAAAAAAAAGUGCUGCGUAAUGGAAA